UAAAUUACAUGAAAUAGCGUUAAAACUAAAAUUUAUCCACAUUAUAAGGCCGGUGAAGGAAUCACCAAUCAGCUAAUCAAAUCCACCGGAGUCCGGAUGGAAUCUUUGUUUGCAAACUAUGCUUCUUCUGAUGAAGAUGAUGAACAACAGUCACAUCAAGAUAAGCAUCCACAACAAGUACAUAGCUCCAAUUCUUCAAACCCUAGCGUAUUUUCCUCUUCUCUUCCUCCCCCUAAAUCUUCUUUUUCACUUCCCCCACCAAAAUCCCAAUCAAAUACUUCACCCACCUUAACCACUCCCUCAGCUGUAAAGCAACAUUUUGAAGAAGAAGAUGAAAUUCCUGAUAAACCCUCAUCGUUUUUCUCUUCUCUUCCUCAACCUAAUAAAUCAACAUCAUCAUCAUCAUCUUCGCUUUUCUCUGUCCUUCCUCCGCCCAAAACCACUCCUUUGUCUUCGUCAGAUCCUAAACCUAAAAGAAAGGUUGUUCAGUUCAAGCCUCCUGCCAACCCUUUUUCUGUAAAGUCCAAUAGAAGUGUAGAUGAAGAUGAGGAUGAGGAUGAUGAGGGUGAGAAGGAGAAACAGAGAAAAAGGUCUGAAUCUUUUACUCAAACACCUUCAGUUAAGUCAUUUUUAUCGAGCAUUCCUGCUCCAAAGAACUCGACCUCGUUGGGUGUUUUAGGUUCAGGUUCUGGAAGAAGAUCCACCAUUGAAGCAGAUGUCCCUGUUCCUAAUUCAGCUACCUCGAGUGAAGUUCUAGUUAGUUCACAUACAGGGUACAAUGAGAACCAGCAAGUUGAUGGAUCUUUAGAGAGUUCAAUGAGAGGUAUUGGCGGUCCCACAGAAUACAGUGCUAGUUUGGGUGUUGCAGGCGAUUACUCCUCCAAUUGGGGCGCACAUGGUUAUGUCGACCCUGAAAGCUGUGCUAAUGAUGUGACUAGUGGUUAUGAGAAUUAUCCUGGCUAUGACAGCAAUAGUGGGACUUACACUGGCUAUGAACAGUAUGAUCAUAACUGGACUGAUGGGUCUAGUACAACAGCAUCAGCAUCAGCAAUUACCGAUACGGCUGAAGUUGCAUUGACAUUGCCCGGGAAGAGAGGCAGGAAAGAUGUUCCGCAGAAAUUUGUUGAGGUGAACCAGGAUGAGUUGAUGAAGAAUCGGCCUAGGGAGGACCAGUCAAGGCUUACUGGAAUUGCUUUUGGCCCAUCGUACCAGCCUGUUUCAAGCAAGGGAAAGCCUUCUAAGCUGCUCAAAAGAAAGCAUCAAAUAAGUACUUUGUACUUUGACAUGAAACAAAAAGAAAUGGAGCUGCAAGAGCGACGUGCCAAGGGGAUGCUGACAAAAGCUCAAACUCAGGGGAAAUAUGGUUGGUGAUAUUUAAGUGAGGUUCUUUGUGGUCUCCUAUUGACUCGGUGAACUAGCAACUUCCCUUUGUUUGCUCAUCAAAUUUCUGAUCUGUAUUCCUUCCCCUUGUUUAAAUGUUAUUGAUAGUCCUUUGUUGGCUUUGAAAGCAUUGUAGUGUUGUAAUAUUUCUGCAAUUUUAGUGCGAAUGCUAAUGGUUCUGUAGGUUCCUUUAAAUCAAAUACCAUAAAAUGAAAUGGUCUGUUAAGAAAUUGUUGAUUGCAUCUCCGUGAAUGAUACAUUUAUAUGCUUGACUGA